ACAGCAACUAUGAAAUAAUAAUCGUAGUAUUAAAGGCAGAGAUCGGGGCGAGACAAUGGGGAUGUUGGCGAGGGAGCCCCGAUCCGGAUUAGAAACACCUCCCAGCCCCGCAGAAUAAUACCGAUCGCGCCCCCUCCGCGCGCUCCCUCCCCCGAGUGCGGAGCGGGAGGAGGCGGCGGCGGCCGAGGAGGAGGAGGAGGAGGAGGAGGCCCAGGAGGAGGAGGCGUUGGAGGCCGAGGCGGAGGAGGAGGAGGAGGCCGAGGAGGAGGAGGAGGCCGAGGCGGAGGAGGAGGAGGAGGAGGCCGGGCUCGGGAGGCAGCAUGAGCCGAGCGCGGCGGCCGUGGCUCCUCUCGGCUGCGCUCGUUGCCCAUUGACAGCGGCGUCUGCAGCUCGCUUCAAGAUGGCCGCUUGGCUCACAUUCAUUUUCUGCUGAACGACUUUUAACUUUCAUUGUCUUUUCCGCCCGCUUCGAUCGCCUCUCGCCGGCUGCUUUUUCCGGGAUCCUUUAUCAAGCAGAAAUGCAUCGAACAACCAGAAUCAAGAUCACUGAGCUAAAUCCCCACCUAAUGUGUGUGCUUUGUGGAGGGUACUUCAUUGAUGCUACAACCAUAAUAGAAUGUCUACAUUCCUUCUGUAAAACGUGUAUUGUGCGUUACCUGGAGACCAGCAAGUAUUGUCCCAUCUGUGAUGUCCAAGUUCACAAAACCAGACCACUGCUGAAUAUAAGGUCAGAUAAAACCCUUCAAGAUAUUGUAUACAAAUUAGUUCCAGGGCUUUUCAAAAAUGAAAUGAAGAGAAGAAGGGAUUUUUAUGCAGCUCAUCCUUCAGCUGAUGCUGCCAAUGGCUCUAAUGAAGAUAGAGGAGAAGUUGCAGAUGAAGAUAAGAGAAUUAUAACUGAUGAUGAGAUAAUAAGCUUAUCCAUUGAAUUUUUUGACCAGAACAGAUUGGAUCGGAAAGUAAACAAAGAGAAGUCUAAGGAGGAGGUGAACGAUAAAAGAUAUUUAAGGUGCCCAGCAGCAAUGACUGUGAUGCACUUACGAAAGUUUCUCAGAAGUAAAAUGGACAUACCUAAUACUUUCCAGAUCGAUGUCAUGUACGAAGAGGAACCUUUAAAGGAUUACUAUACACUAAUGGACAUUGCCUACAUUUAUACUUGGAGAAGGAAUGGUCCACUUCCUUUGAAAUACAGAGUUCGGCCUACUUGUAAAAGAAUGAAGAUCAGUCAUCAGAGAGAUGGACUGACAAAUGCUGGAGAACUGGAAAGUGACUCUGGGAGUGACAAGGCCAACAGCCCAGCAGGAGGCAUUCCCUCCACAUCUUCCUGUUUGCCUAGCCCCAGUACCCCAGUGCAGUCUCCUCACCCACAGUUCCCUCACAUUUCCAGCACCAUAAAUGGAACCAGCAACAGUCCCAGUGGUAACCACCAAUCUUCCUUUGCCAAUAGACCUCGAAAAUCUUCAGUAAAUGGGUCAUCAGCAACUUCUUCUGGUUGAUUCCUAAGACUGUUAAGGAAAAAAAAUUUUAAACCUUUGAUUUAUAUAGUUAUCUUCAUGCCAUUGCAGCUUUAUAGAUGCUAAUACAUGUGACCGUUGUCCAGUUUGCUUUCUUUUGUAGUGACAUUAAAUUUGGCUAUGAAAGAUGGACUAGAUCUGAUACUCUUAAGGACAUUAAUUAAAAAGAAAGGUUGUUUCUAUAAAGAAUUGGAUUCUGAGAAGGCAGGAAGAUUUUUUUUUUUUUUUCUGUGUGCUAGGAAAGAUAUGAAAUGGUUUCUAUAACCAUUAUUUGGAUCUGGAAAUACUCUGCAGUGGAUAGAAGCAUUGGGCCAUAGUUUGUUAAUCUCAAUUAAUGCCUACAUUACAUUCUCCUUGAUUGUUCUUGUUAUGCUGUUUUGUGAACCUGUAGAAAACAAGUGCUUUUUAUCCUGAAGUUCAACAAAUUUUGGAAAGAAUAAGCAUAGAAUAUGCAUUCUAUGUAGCCAUGUCACUGUGAAUAACAAUUUCUUGCAUAUUUAGCCAUCUUAAUUCUUGUUUGAUUUUUACUUCUCUGUUGCUACAUGAAACAGAUCAAAGGAAAGUAAACUUCAGUUUUACAAUCUGUAUGCCGAAAAGCGGGUACUACCGUUUAUUUUACUGACUUGAUUAAAUGAUUCGCUUUUGUAAGAAUCAGAUGGCAUUAUGCUUGUUGUACAAUGCCAUAUUGGUAUAUGACAUAACAGGAAACAGUAUUGUAUGAUAUAUUUAUAAAUACUAUAAAGAAAAUAUUGUGUUUCAUGCAUUCAGAAAUGGUUGUUAAAAUUCUCCCAACUGGUUCGACCUUUGCAGAUACUCAUACCUUACAUUGAGCCUUACCAGCAUAGAAUAUUUUUAAUGUGGAUGUGUAAUUUUAAAUUCUAUUCAAUUGGAAGCAAUUGGCAUAUCAUCAUAAUUAUGACUUUCCUCUAGUAAUACUUACUUUUAAAACUAAUUGCAGUAAAAAAGAACUAACUGAGGCAUAUAGAAAUAGUGUCUUAAUUUCCUGUUGGUUAUGAUGGGAUUAAUGUGUUUUUAAAUGCACAUUGAUUAUUCUCCAAUAUUUUAAAUAAACCAGCUAGUUGCCAGAAGAAGGCAUUUUAACUAGUUACUUUAGUAUGUGGUAUGAUAAUUUCAAAUUAAGAGUUGCUUUAACAGUUAACAGUGGAAUAUUCUCUAAUGCCUGGAAGUAGAAGCAAUUUAUUGUGAGCUUCUACUGGUAUUUUUAAAUAGAGCAAGCAUGUUGAAUUUAAAAUAUGAAUAACCCCAUCAGUUUUCAGUUUGUGUUUUGCUUUGGUCGAACUUGGCGUGUGUCUAUCACCCGUCAGUUAUUUGUGAGAAUGUUUAUUCUGUAUGACUAUUGUUUCAUGUUUGUAUGGAAAAUUGUAGCUAAACAUUUCAUUGUCCACAGUCUGCAAAAGAAGCACAAUUCUAUUGCUUUGUCUUGCUUAUAGUCAUUAAAUCAUUACUUUUACAUAUAUUGCUGUUACUUCUACUUUCUUUAAAGAUUCAGUAAAUGAUGUUUUAUGGAGCCACAAAAUACAUAUAUUUUUAUUUUGAUCUAAAUUUGUACAGUCUUAUUGUGUUGUUUCUAAUUAUAGAUGUAAAAUGAAAUCUCAUUUGUAAUUGGAAAAUCCAAUAAAAGGAUAUUCAUUUAGAAAA